AUGGGCCGGCUACUCGUCGCGACCGGCGUCCUCGCUCUGGCGGUCGCUUCGGCCAGGGCUGCCUCGAUCGGCUACGUGACGGAUCUGGACAUAUUCAGCGCUCUUUCUGCGCUCAGCUGGAACAUCCAGUGGCAGACGUACGAGGCAUGCCCCAAGUCCGCCAGCGAUCUGCAGUCGUGCGUGUGCACCAAGAACAACAACCUGGCCUCCAUUUCGUCCAAGAUCUCGGCAUCCGUCAGCGAUUCGUGCGGCUCGAUGGCGAGCGAUGAUCAGUCGUCGGCACAGGCUGUGCUCAGCGCAUACUGCAAUCCGGGUGCUACGGUCACCUUCGCAAGUCCUACUGCCGUCAGCGUGUACAUCACGGACAUACCCGAGGUCAGCAACCUGGCGCCCUGUGCGAGGAGUGCCAUGUCCUACGUGGUCCAGUCGAUGACCUAUACCUACUGCCCGUCAGACGCGCCCGCGCUGGCGAGCUGUGCUUGCCUCAAGAAUCAAAAUUCGGUCGCCGUCAGCCGCAUCAUCUAUACGUCCGUCAAGGAGUAUUGCGCCGGGCACACGGCCGACAUCUCGUCGGCCGAGGCCAUGUUUGCGGCGUACUGCGCCAUGAACAACGGCACGUCGAGCUUUCCCCAACCGUCGAACCCUCCUGGCGACAUGACAUACUACAUUACGGACCUGCCGCAGUACAGCUCGCUUGCUCCAUGCGCAGCGGAAGCUCUGAGCUAUGCUGUGCGGGCGCAAACGUUCGAACUGUGUCCGAACGGCCCGCAGGCUCUUGCCUCGUGCGUGUGCCUCAAGGACGGCAUGACCAGCGAAGUGUUGAAGGAACUUACUUCGUCCGUCAAGGAAAUCUGCUCCUCGACUGCGACCGAAGACGUUACGUCCGCCGUUGCCGUGUUCGACUUCUAUUGCAGCGCUGCCGCGGCGCAAGUGACGGCCGGUGGCGUCACCGCCUCGGUUGAGCAGACAUACCCAGCGAGCGGCGCCGCAGGCGGCCCCAAGCAGACGGGAGGCAGUGGCAGCGGCGGGACCGGAUCGUCAGGUUCAAACCAAGGCGGCACAAACUCGAGUUCGGGGGGUCCAAGUACUCCCGUCAUCGUCGGCAUUGUCGUCGGUGUCGUCGGCGGUCUCGCGGUGCUUAGCAGCCUCAUCUACUUCCUGGCCAGGGAGGCGAGAAAGCGCCGGGCCGCGGCAUACAGUGCCUAUGGAGGCGGCCACCCAGGCGCUGGACUUCUCCCCUUCAACGGCAAAUCCGAGCUGCCCAGCGACUCGGCCGCCGCCGCCGUGCCGUUCCCGUCGCGCCCGUCCCAGAGCACGCCCCAGCCCGGCGCCGUGCCUGCGCGCGUGGACAACGUUUCGCCGGUCUCCGCCCACGCCACCACAUCCACCCCGCCGCCGAACCAAGCCGAGCUGAGCGGCCAGUCGGCGCCGUACCCGCCCAUGCCCAACCGCCCGGAGCUGCUGGGCCAAGCGGCCACCGCAGCCGCCGCAGCGGCGCCUUCCCGGCCCGUGCCAAACGCCCCCGAGCUUUACGGACAAGGCGCCCCGCAGCCGAACCGGCCCGAGCUGUACGGCCAGACCGCCGCGUUCGCGACACCGCCGCCAAACCAGUCGGAGCUCCAGGGCCAAGGAGCCCCGUUCUACGCAACCAACCUCAACCAGACCGAAUACAGUUCUUCUCCGCCGCCGAACCAGUCUGAGCUUCAGGGCCAAGGAGCCCAGUCUUACGCAGCCAACCUCAACCGAUCCGAAUACAGUUCUUCUCCGCCGCCGCCGUACCCUGGAUCCCCCCGCCCUCAACAAAUGCAAGUGUACCAGCACUAUCCCGCCGGCGCGCCGCCGCCUGGUGCCACCGCCUCCGCCGCUUAUGGGCAGCAGACGCAAUCACCUGCCCAGCCGCAGUCAUCGUGGCAGUCCGGACCGGUGCCGGCGUUCCAUGAGAUGGACGGGGGCUCGCACGGGAUGCCGCAGAGGUGA